AUGAUAGCGGAUUUGCUGAAAAACGUCCAACACGCUAGUCCGCAAAUUCGAGAAGCUCAAUUACGUCUGGAGCGUAAAUUAUUAAAUAUUACGGAGCUGUACCAGGAUUAUGCUGAGGUAUUCAACUUACCAGAGUGCAAAUUGGCCAUCUUGCAUUGUGGCGGACACUAUGAUGCGAAUCUCAUUGAAUUAACUUGGCGAGAAAUCGUCGACAAAGAGAUGGCCUUGAUCAAGACGAAACCUGCCGAAAUUCAAGCGAAAUUAUUGUUGACCAAACUUUCGCUCACUCUUCAACGGUGUGCAUUGUCUGAGAGAUACAUACCUAUAGAGUAUUUGCUGAAAACCUUGUUUUCAAUCGCACUGUCUUUCCGAUUCCCAUUCGAUUGGAUAUCACAGGUCGCAGACGUGUUCGGUGCAAGCCAGGAUUCUCUACUCGAUAUUUUAAAUCACGGCUAUACGUCAGGGGAUUUGACCGAAUAUCAUGCAGCUGAAGCAGAAAUUUAUCUAAUGGAGAACGUGCUAGCGAUAAUGAAGCGCUUUUUGGAUAACAUGGCUAUAGUCCCUCCAACUGAAAGAUCCAAAUUCUGUACCGUCUGCCUGGAUACCGUAUCGUUAUAUACGGUUGAACUUUACGGCAAGCCAAGCAACCCAUCUAACCUCGCGCUUAUUCAAGAAUUUGAACUGAUCGAAACAAAGCUUGAAAGGGUGUCUCGCCGUUCACCUGAUAACAACAUCCACAUUUCCUUGCCAUACGUUCGGCGGCUGAGUGAAAAGCUGCGACGCAUUGGAUCUGCUUCCGGACUCAACGUGGUAUUCAAAACUGGUGCUACUCUACGUAGCCGACUAAGCUACCUAAAGACCCAGAAACCUAAGGAGCAGGAAGCAGGCUGGGUGUACCAACUCCCGUGCAUCUGUGGUGCGGUUUACAUAGGCGAAACGGGUAGUACUGUUGAAGAAAAGAAGACAGACCACAUGAGGAAUUUGACCAGAGAUCGGAGACAGACGAAGGACCCUUGGGUUGUAAAGGCAGAAUGCGAGAAAAAUUCUGCCAUUGUGGAACAUACCCAUCAACACAACAUAUCGUUGGACAGAAUGAAAGGUGUCGCGCGGGAACAACAAUAUCUGUCCCUCAAAGUCAAGGAGGCGUUAUUGAUCCAGGCAACCAAAUGCAUCAAUCGUGACCCUUGGACAGACGUCGGCGGCACAAGGACCGAGAACAUCAAGCGGUAG